AUGGAAACAGCAACAGAAGAUAGUCAAAAAGAAAGUGCAGAUACUGCAAAUGUAAGCAAUACUGCUAAUAAUGCUACAAUACCAGUCCCAUCUGAACCAAAAAAGAACAGAAAAGAUGACCGCACAAAGAGAGAUGAUAAAAAUCUUGAACAAUUUAUGAAAACGCUUAACCCUAUACCAACAGUUGACGAAAAGUUGUCUCUAGUUUGUAAAAAAUAUGUACAGUCUGCAGAUGAAAUUAAGAAGAUGACGUUCUAUAUUAAGCAGUCAGAUAAGCGUCAUGCAUUGGUCAUGAAAGAAAAGGAACAGUUACAAUUGGAGUUUAAUAAAACUGUUCUAGUUAAGUCUAAGUUAGAGAAUCUUUGUAGAGAAUUGCAGAAACAAAAUAAAGCUAUCAAGGAAGAGUCAUUGCUAAAAAUCCGUGAAGAGGAAGAACGCCGUAAAGAGACUCAGGCCAAGUUCCAGAAUACUCUGUCUGAGAUCACAGCAAUGCUGCAGCAGAACAACGAGAAGAAUGCGAAACUGAGGGACGAUAACAUCAGUAUGACUGAGAAGUUUAAGAGUGUCGUUACACAGUAUCAGUUGAGGGAGCAGCAGGUUGACAAAAUGUCUAAACAAAUGGCUUUAGAGAACCAGUUAUCAGAAGCUAAGAUGCAGAAGCAGAAUCUCGAGCACCAGGCGGAUAAAGAGCGCCUAUUGGCUGAAAUAGAACAGCUCAAGGUCACCGUGGCGACGUAUAGAGCCAAAAUGAAAGAGUUUAAAGGGGUUGAAACCAGUCUUCGCAGUCAGCUGGAAGUGUACACAGACAAAUAUGAAGAAUUUCAGAAUGCAUUAGUUAAAAGCAACCAGAUGUUUGGAGGCUUCCAGGAGCAGAUGGAUAAGAUGUCAAAGAAGAUCAAGAAGCUGGAGAAAGAGUCCCUCUCGUACAAGACCAGGUGGGAGACGUCCCAGUCAGCCCUGUUGGACAUGUGCGGGGAGCGCCAGGCCAGCGAGGAGAAGGCCGCCGCCUCCAACCGGCAGCUGCAGCACAUGCAGAGCUUGUGUCGAACCUUACAGGCGGAGCGCAGCGCGCUGCUGGCCACGCUCAAGGACCACAACAUCGAGCGCCCGCCGCUACCGCCCGCCCCCGCCCCCGCGCCCGCACCCGCCCCCGCGCCCGCCUCCGCCUCCGCGCCCGCUACCAACGCCAAGGUUGACGCGAUGGCCGCCAACUGUGCUCAGCUACGCCAAAGUCUUGCACAUCUACAAACACAACUGAAUGUGCUCACAAACAAACAAAACGAAGAAUCACCUAAACCAGAACCGAAACCAGAAAAACAGGAAAAGAAGAAAUCAAAAUCAAAGAAGAAUAAGGGUGAAAAGAAAGCAGAAAAUAAUGCGCCGAAAGAAGAAAGCGAUUUAACGGAUGAAAACCAGACCAGUGCUAGUGAAAACUUGUCACAAAAUACAGAAAAGGGCGAUGAGACAACACUAGAAACCUUAAUACAAGCCAUAAAUAAUGCUAAUAUUAAUCUUUGUGACUUAGAAGUUGUCAGUGAUGAAUUCGCCGAAACUGUCAAAACAAAUCUUGAAAUCAAAGAAAUUACUGAAGAAGAUAGCUCAGAAGUUAAAACGACCAGCAAUGAAGUAAGUCCUAAUGUUGAAAAAGUCAUUUCAAAUAAAGAAGUAAGUUUUAAAAUUGACGAAGUUGUUCCAAAUGAAGAAGAAAAUUCUAAAGGUGACACAGUUAUUCUAAAGGAAGACGUAAGUUCUAAUGUUGAUAAAGUCGUUUCAAAUGAAGAAAUACGUUCUAAAGUUGACAAAGAAAUUCUUAGUGAAGAAACAAAUCCAAAAGUUGAAGAAGUUGUUCUAAAUGAAGAAGUAAGUUCAAAAGUUGAAGAAGUCGUUAAAAAUGCUGAAGUAAGUCCUGAAAUUGUUUUAAACGAAGUAAAGAACGCCUUAACAAAUUUGAAUUUGAAUAGUCCGCCAAAUAUAUCACCAGUUAAAGUUGAGGUUAUCCAAAAUGGAGACAGUAAUCUCUCAGAUCAUGUAGAAGAGACCCAAAAGGAAGUAAAUUUAGAGGCAAAUGAUGCCCAACAAAACGUGUCAAUUGUAGAGUCUUCUAAUGACGAAGUGUCACAUAUUAAUGAAGUGAAACCGAUAUUAAACAAUGCUUGA